GUCGUGUGCUUGUGUCUAUCCAUUCCAUUUCCAACUCCUCUCUCUCUCUCUCUCUCUCUCUCUCUCUCUCUGUUGGGUUGGUUUUUUGUUCUUGUUUCUCUUUGCCGAGUUGAUGAUGAUGACACGCGCCGUAUUGUUGGACGCGCCGGGGGGAGGUUCGGCGGCGGAGGAGUGUAGUACGUCGUCGUCGUCGUCGAUCGGGAGGAACAGCGACGUGUCUUCGGAGAGAUCUGUGGAGGGAGGAGAAAACGAGGUGGAAAGUGCCUACCGUGGACCUUUGCAUGCUAUGGAAACUUUGGAAGAGGUUCUUCCAAUAAGGAGAAGCAUCUCAAAGUUUUAUAAUGGCAAGUCAAAGUCAUUCACCACCCUGGCUGAUGCCGCAUCUUCCCCCUCAGUGAAAGACAUUGCAAAGCCAGAGAAUGCUUACAGCAGGAGGCGUAGGAGUUUUAUGGCAUUGAAUCACGCUUUGGACAAGAAUCGAAGCUACCCUCUAAGAUUUAGUGGUGGUGGGAUUUGCAAGAGACCAAUCAGUUUGAGUAGGAGCACUCUGGCUUUUGCUGUUGCCAUGAAUAAUUCUGAGAGCAAUAGUAGCAUUACAAGUGAAGACUCUGGUUCCAGCUCAAACUCGAUACCAUCGUCCUCAUCGUUAUCAUUACUACCACCUCUUCAUCCGAGAAAUGGAGUGGCUUCUGGUGCAUACCCAUCGUCUCCUUCGCUGCAAAAUCUCUCUUCCUGGAGAUCGUUUUCCCUGGCUGAUCUACAGCAGCAUUGUGCCAUUGCUGCAACCAUGAAGAUUUCGAGUACCUCCAUCGGGAAUAAAACAGCUCAUCCAUCAUAAAGAUGACAACAAAGCUGUGUUAUCAUUACUAUUUAGGUUAUUUAUUUCAAUGAAUGUCUUGCUCUCCUAUUUGUUGGAGGAAACAAGUUGUUAAGAAAACAUGUCUUUGCGUACGAUAUCUUCAAACUAACUUCAGUAGGAUAUGAUGUGGAUUGCCCUCAGAGCACUGAC